CACGGUCUAUUACCGAACGUACCGACACUCGAUUCAACUCAGAAACUUAGAAAUAGAAGAUCUCAAUCUACAAGCAACACCAUCAUGACAAAGAAGGAGCACAACGAUCGGAUGAAUAUGAAGAAACCGAGAAGAAGAUCUCCUCCGGGUUCAUCCUCUUGGUGGGAGAAUAUACUGCAGUAUGACCGGCAAUGGACCCAGCGUUGGGGUGUAUGUGCUACCAAGGAAUCCACCUCAGGACGGCUUCGUCCAGUCAUGAAGGGUCUUGAGAUCUCUGGGCAUGGCCUUCCGUGGUUCACCAUCUUACUGGCGAUCCUCUAUCAAUCUUACCUCUCCAAGAACUCAGUUGUCUUCAAUCCGACUGCAAACCUAGUCCUCGGAAUGCUGCUAGACCUGCUCGUCAGCUUCAUCUUAAAAGGAACUGUGCGGCGCCCUCGCCCAGCCUUGAACAAGCCAGACAUGCUCCUCACCGUCUCCGUUGAUAACUACUCCUUCCCCUCAGGCCACUGCACGAGGGCAGGGUUUGUGUUCUAUUUCUUCGUAACAACAUUCACGUUACCGCUUCUUAUGCAAUUUCUCCUCUUGCUAUGGAUGUCCGCUGUUUGCAUCUCGCGUGUGCUCCUCGGCCGACACUACUGGAGCGAUGUUAUAUGUGGGACUAUCAUUGGACUACUUCAGGGCUUGUUUAUACAAAGGAACUGGAAAACGUGGGACCUUACAGAGGAUUUAUGAUCUCCAGCCAGCCAUUGAUAUCGUACCUGUCAUAAAAUGUUGCAAUCAUAAAAAGUACAGUGUAAUAUUACCUUCAUGAAUGUCAGUAUUUCAUUUUUACCAGAAACAGUUCUGUGAUUAGGAUUCAUGUAUGCCAUUAUUCUUUCAAUUUUGUGAUAAUUAACUUUGUAUCAACAUGUAUGUAACUUUUAUACUGUGAAAGGAAAUCCAUGCAAUAUUGCAGUAUUGUGAUGCCCUAUGGCAUGCUUAGAGAAUGACAAAGAAGAGCCAUUAUCAAAUGAGAAGGCCAAUGUAAUUUAAAAAACUAACAGAGAGAUGUAUUUUUUGCAAGAUUAUGCAUUAACUUUUUGUAAGAAGGAUUCCUGUUUCUGCUAAAGUUAACUUUGAUUUCUGGUACACUGCAUAAUGAAACAUGAAUAUGCUUUUAGUCUUACAAAGUUCCAUCUGGGGAAGGGGGCG